AUGGCUCUAGCCACCGAUGGACAGUUUUCAAUCUACACCCAAAAACACACCAACAACAAAGACAAAGUGUUCAAAACCAAACUGGUCCUGCUCGGAGAACUGGCAGUCGGAAAGUCGUCCCUGGUGUCCCGAUUUGUAAACCAUCAGUUCUGCCAGCAUCAACAGAGUACCAUCAGUUCGGCCUUCUUCCGGCGAUCGAUCGGCCUCGAGGGUGCGAUCGUUGAGUUUGAAAUUUGGGAUACGGCCGGAAGCGAGCGAUUCCACAGCAUGGCCCCCCAGUACUACCGCAGGGCUCAAGCAGCCGUUGUCGUGUAUGACAUUCACCUGGAGUACACGUUUACCAGGGCCAAGCGAUGGGUCGACGAGUUACGGGAGAAGCUGCCGGGGAAGAUUCUCAUCGCACUGGUCGGCAACAAGCUGGAUCUGGAGGAAAACAGGGAAGUUGGAUUCGGAGAGGCCAAGUCCUAUGCCGUUCGCAACGGGUUGCUGUUCAAGGAGACGUCUGCCAAGACGGGGUUUAACGUUUAUGAGCUGUUUGUGGAGAUUGCGGAAAUGUUACCCAAGAAUGACGAUUGUGUGCCGGUGCAGGGCAUUCGGUUGGAUGAAAGCGUUAGGAAAACUAAGAGGAAGCUAUGCUGUGCCUAA